ACCUUUUCAUUCUUAUCAAAAAAGUGGAGAUAGAGAGAGAGAAACGAGAAAAUAGUGUACCCGUAAUUCAAGCGUCUCGAAUCUCUUUAAAAUUCAAGAAAAUGUCCAGCAAAAAUCCUGCAAGCGGCAAAGAGGAGAGACUGUGGGGCGGUCGUUUUGACAGCGGCAAAGUCCACGAGUGCUUGGAGAAGAUCAACAAGUCAAUCGACAUUGACCAGCGCCUCCAUAAGCAGGAUAUUGAGGCGAGUGUGGCUUAUGCCAAUGGGCUUAGAGACGCGGGGAUCUUGACCAAGGACGAGACGGAACUUUUAAUAUCUGGCCUUGAACAGAUUGAAGUGGAGCGUGCCUCAGGUACGUUUGAGUUGAUUGAGUCGGAUGAGGAUAUCCACACGGCAGUGGAGCGGCGGCUGCGGCGGCUGGUGGGCCCGGUGGCUGGCAAGUUGCACACAGGCCGCAGCCGCAACGACCAGGUGGCCACGGACACCAAACUUUGGCUCAGCGACGCGUGCAAACCUCUCGCGGACAACCUGGUCCACCUAAUCAAACGAAUGGCCGAUAGAGCUGAGCAAGAGGUCGACGUCCUCAUGCCAGGGUACACGCACUUGCAGAAGGCACAGCCCGUCAGGUGGAGUCAGUGGAUGCUCAGUCACGCGUGGGCUUUGGACGCCGACAGGAUGCGACUUGCCCAAUUGGCAGAGAGGACAAUGAGCCAGUGCCCAUUGGGAAGCGGCGCCCUAGCCGGUACGCCACUGGCGCUAGACAGGGAAAAGGUCGCAAGGGCCCUUAACUUCACAGGAAUCACUCACAACAGCAUGCACGCCGUAGCAGACAGGGACUUCGUUGCGGAGUUCACCUUCUGGUGCGCCCUGACCGGAGUGCAUCUCUCGCGGCUGGCUGAGGAUCUGCUGCUGCACUGCUCAAUCGGCUUCGUUCAAAUGGGUCCUGGUCUCAGUACAGGCAGCAGUCUGAUGCCACACAAAAGCAACCCUGACGGGGUGGAGCUCGUUAGGGCCAAAGGAGCCACCUUGACGGGAAUGUGUACGUCGAUGUUGGCGUUGCUAAAGGGCCUUCCAUCCACCUACAAUAAGGACUUGCAGCUGGACAAGUCCAUCCUCUUCCAGGCUUACGACGACCUUAAUUUGGCACUUGAACUGACCUUUGCAGUUAUCGACACUCUUUGGGUGAACAGCAAAAAGUGUGUUGAUGAACUCGAGCCGAGCAUGCUGGCCACUGACUUGGCUUAUUAUUUAGUUCACAAAGGCGUCCCAUUUAGAGAAGCCCACCACAAGGUUGGCGAGGUCGUCAAACUAGCCGAGAAAAAAGGGAUAGAAAUCAGUGGCGUUUCUCUAAAAGAGUUGCAAGAAAUAUGUGUUGAAUUUGACGAAGACGUUCAAAAAGUUUGGAGCUUUGAAUCAAGUGUGGAGCAGUACCAAGCAUACGGCGGCACCAGCAAGGCCAGUGUUAAGAAGCAAAUCAACGCAAUUAAACAAAUAAAUCUUGUGUAAUUUAUUAAGAGUAAAUAAAAAAUAGUCAGUGUGUUUAGGUUGAUUUUAGACCACUUCAGGUCAGCUACA